AUCAUACUCUGUAGGGCUGAAGUGAACUAAUACGCAUUCAUUUUCCAUAUUUCCCUUCUUUACUUGAGUGAUUUUCGUUCCCGGGCAAUGGUCAUUCAAAGUGCGUCGUCAAUACUUGACUAUAUACGGGACACCCUGUGUGAACCACAAUAGCCUGCAGAGGCAAUCUAACACUCACACCGAAGAAGGAAAAUAACCGCUCUUGGCUACUCAAUCCGGUAUACUACUUGAUUCCGUGCUCUUAAGUUAUUUUCAAGGAAGUAUGUUUUCGUCAGCUCUGAAAUCUUUAAGUUCCAACAUAUCAGCCAAUUAUCAAAUCUCUCCACACCCCACAGUGAUCGCUGGUCCUUGGAAAGUCCACGACGGAAAGAAAAAGUCCACUGGCACCGUUGCCUCCAUUUUCAUCUUUGACAAAAAAGCCCUUGAGUCACGCUCAAGUGGGCUAGGUGGCCGUUCCUCUGUCUCUGUGAAAAAAUUGCAUGAGGAUGUCAUUGAACGGCUUAAGCGAGAAGCUAGCAACCUGGCGCGGCUCAGGCAUCCCUCCGUGCUCCAGGUGCUAGAGCCUGUGGAGGAGACUCGCGGUGGUGGUCUCAUGUUUGCGACUGAACAGAUAACAACUUCUCUUGCCAGACUUCUGCAAGAGAAAGAUGCGCAAGAGAGCAACUCGACAGUAGGCUCGAGGUCUAGCCGUUAUAUGGUAGAAGAGUCCGACGGAACACGGAGACGGAGAGACCUUGAGAUUGACGAGCUAGAAAUUCAAAAGGGGCUUUUGCAAGUUGCAAAGGGCCUCGAAUUCCUUCACGAGUCUGCGGUACUCGUACACGGCAAUCUCAGCCCCGAGGCCAUUUUUAUCAAUGCCAAAUCCGACUGGAAAAUAUCAGGCCUUGGGUUUGCCGGUCCACCCAGCUCCACAGACUCGCGUUCUACUCUUCCACCAUUAGCCUUGUCAGAAGUUCUUUAUCAGGAUCCCCGCCUUCCUUCCUCAGUUCAGUUGAACCUGGACUAUACGUCACCCGACUUUGCAUUGGACUCUAAUGUGACUACAUCUGCGGACCUGUUCUCUCUUGGGAUCAUCAUCAUAGCUCUGUAUAACUCCCCCCACGUUUCCCCGCUACAGGCGCAUUCAAAUCUGAGUUCGUAUAAGAAAUUACUCAGCUCGCCAUCUACGACGCCGUCGCAAGGCAAUAAUUUCCUCUGCUCAGGCAGUAUCCCGAAGUCCCUUGCUACGCACGUACUGCCCCGGCUGAUAACUAGACGACCGGCGCAGCGCUUGAAUGCCCGGGAAUUUCAGCAAUCCCAAUAUUUCGAUAACAUAUUGGUCUCAACGAUCCGUUUCUUGGAAUCCUUGCCAGCUAAGAAUCAGAAUGAGAAAUCACAAUUCAUGCGUGGGCUACAGCGGGUGAUUUCAGAGUUUCCGAUUUCUGUACUCGAAAGAAAGGUUCUCGGUGCAUUGCUGGACGAGCUGAAAGAUCGUGAACUCUUACCCCUCCUUUUGCAAAAUAUAUUUGUGAUCCUGCAGCGGAUCCCUAACGCACGUCGUACACUUCCUGAGAAGGUCAUCCCUCGACUCAAGGAAGUGUUUCCAACCGACAAAGGUACUGCCCAAGAACGUGACUCUAAGAAAGACGCGGGCCUCAUGGUUGUUCUUGAAAAUAUGAAAGUUGUGGCAGAGAACUGCUCGGGGAAGGAGUUUAAGGAAGAUAUCCUGCCACUAAUCCGACUAGGACUAGAUUCACCUACACAUUCCUUGAUAGAUGGGGCUAUAAAGUGCUUGCCGGUCAUCCUUCCCACCCUUGAUUUUAGCACCGUCAAGAACGAGGUCUUCCCACCGAUUGCUUCCACUUUCAGCCGGACAAACAGUCUUGCUAUUAAAGUACGUUGCUUGGAAGCAUUCACGGCGCUGUGUGGUGGCCCUUUAGGCGAAGGAGAGGCAGUUGAAGAUGACUUGUCUGGAUUGGUCCAGCAAGGCAAACCGCAGCCUAUCAAGUCAUCUAUUUUGGACAAGUACACGAUCCAAGAAAAACUCGUACCAGCACUCAAGGCGAUCAAGACGAAGGAGCCGGCUGUUAUGAUGGCAGCCUUGGCUGUGUUUAGACAGAUCGGUACGAUUGCUGAUACUGAUUUCCUUGCUCUGGAGGUCCUCCCUAUCCUUUGGAGCUUUAGUCUAGGGCCGCUUCUAGACUUGCGUCAAUUUGGAGAGUUCAUGAAGCUUAUACAAAGUAUAUCCUCGAAGAUUGAGCGUGAACAGACGAAGAAACUUCAAGAGCUCUCUUCAGGAGCUGACUCAAGUGGCUUCCAGAACGGCGCAGGAAGUUCCUCAAGAAUCCCCAAUAUCCUAACACAGUCCGGUGCCGAUUCCAUAAGAGAUAAUUUCGAACGUCUUGUUCUUGGGCGAAGCCCUGCAACUUCAAACUCUAAGGAUGUUGACCCUUGGGGCAGAAUGGUCUCGGAAGCACCUGCCAUGCAGACGUCUGCUCAAAAGUCAUCCUCCGCAGCAUUCUCGUGGUCGACAGACGUAGUUGGACUGGCUGGCAGAGGGAACACCCCGUCGGGUACUUCGACAUUCAGUAUACGCUCUAUUACACCCGAUUAUAAUCUAAAAGCCUUCCCAUCAUUGGAGCCUACUGCUAGGCAAAAAUCCUCUCCUACACCUACAUUUCCUGUUUUACAAGCAACAUCCUCUGCUACUUAUAAUACGGCGAGUUCUUCGAAUAACCAGCAUCAGUAUCAGGGGAACGCUUCAUCUACCCCCUCGUUAGGGGCCUUGGCUAAUAUGAAGGUACCGGGGGUCUCCAUGGCUGGGCAGAGCGUACAAUCAACUCCUAAUUAUUCUGCGUUCUCUCUCCCGCCACCCCCGUCUUCUCACGGCUCCUUGAAGUCAUUUCCAAAUUCCGGUAACCUGACAAAUACAAACACGCCAUCCCUAGGGCCCAAUACUACCCAGAGUACAUUCUUGACUAACGGGGUGUCACAAUCCCAAGGGAAUACAAAGCAAGGGCUUGAUAAGUAUGAGAGUUUAUUGUGAGUGAGUGGGAUGAACCUAUACUAUAGUGCGCAGUUGGUUAGCCAUGCUCAUUUCCUUUUGUCACUGUCGUUCGCUUCCCAAAUAUCUUUGUUGAACAUGGAAGAGCGUAUCUUCUUUCUUUGUGGUUCCAAUUAAUCCUAUGUACAUGUUCAUGCAUUCUUCCCAUAUAGCCUUCGAGUCCUAAAGUCCACUUUACCAUUAAAUAAGCGAGUGGGUCUGAUAAAGCUGCCAUAGAGUCUCCACCUUUGCCAAGGAUUGUUGUGUAUUCAUGAUGCUGGCUCCAGUCAGAAAGUGUGACUUCACUGCCCAUCUCGAAA